UAGUCAUCUUGAUAAAGUGGGAGCAGAUUGAAUAUCUUCCUUCCAGACUUUGAUUCUGUUAUACACUUAUACCUGAUACUGCACCACGCCAAUCAUCUUGUUUUUUUUAUAGAAUCGGUUCAGUGUUUGCGGAGAUCAGAUUGGUCAUAAGUCAUAACAUAAACAUGGCGACUAAGCAGCAAGAAUCGCGACUUUCCUUGAAGCUGUUGAUAGAUGAGAAAACGAAUCGAGUAGUUGCUGCAGAAGCAGAAAAGGACUUUGUGGAUAUACUUUUCAGCUUCCUCUCCUUCCCCAUGGGAACGAUAAUCCGGGUCACCAGCUGUGAACAGAUCAAAAUCCCUGUCACUAUUGGUUGUAUGAACAAUUUGUACCGUAGCAUUCAAAAUAGCCCAGUAAAUUGGCACACACAACUCUGCAAAACCAUGGUGCUGAACCCAAGAAAUCCAUGUGCUUGGUAUUGCAACAACUUGAAAAUGAACAUUGAUGACUCAGGGUCGGAGAUGACGGUGUACAUGUGUUCUCGCCAGGGUUGCCGGUAUUUGAGCAAGUACCAAAAUGUUAUGUGCAGUUGUUCUAAUGGGAGGACUACCGAAGAAAUUAAGUCUGAUAAUUCGGGGUCGUCAGUAAUGAAUUGCAGGUACGGGGGUGCGUUUUUGCAGAAUGGGUCGAUAAUGUUUUUAAUCAGUGAUGAUUUACAGAUCAGACCUGCUUCCCCACACUUUCUUGCUCAACUCCUCUCCGGUUUGGGUUUAAGCGAAACGAGUCGAAUCAGGGAGAUGCCGGUUGAAGUUAGUAAGGAGCAGGUAAUUUGUCUGCUCACACGUUCACUGGUUUCAAAGUCUCCAUUAAGCGAUGUCUUUCUGCCUAAUCAAGGGGCAACGAGCAUUCAUUCGAAACCUGAAACAACAACUUCGCCAUCAUCCUCUAUUGAUGUGAUUGGGACAGAUGAUUCCGUUUUGUAUCUUAAAGUAAAAGUAAACAAGAAUACGAACAAGAUACUGUAUGCUGAAGCCACAGAUGAGUUCUUCGAUUUCCUGUGUAGCUUGCUAACCGUGUCCAUUGGGUCAGUGAUAAGAGCUUUGCAAGGAAAUUCGGAGUUAGGAUGCAUUGAUAACUUAUACACAAGUGUGGAAGACUUGGACGAAAAAUGGUUUGGUUCGGGUGUUAAGGACAUCAUACUUGACCCUGGGUUUGCGCAGCAUCAUAAUUGCAAGAAGCAACCCCUCAAUUUUCUGGAUCGUAUCGAGAGUUUCUGUAUGAUUGACCCAAGGAACAGCAAUAAUUUUGCAGAGGAACCUUCUUUAUUCAUAGUUUCAGACGAUUUGGAAGUGAAUCCUUUAUCUUUUGCAUCAAGUUUUCAACUACUGAGGGAAGUGAAAGUGCCUUUCAGUGUUAUUGAAGAACAAGUGAUCACUGUUGGAAUGAAAGAGGCAUUGAGCUUACUGAAGGCAGCUCUUACAUCGCCAUCAUCCGCUCUCACCAAUGGAUUAAGCACCUUCUUGGAGAAGUAGCAGAUAUUAUGGGUUUGAUAAUUUGUAGCCUUAUUUCACUUCUUUGUAUUUUGUAUUUCCUUGACAUUGUUGUUUGAAGACAUGUUUUUUGGAGUCCAAUCAUAUUGCCCUUGUUUCGGUUUGGUUUGGCUAA